AUGGGUGAGGCUAUCAAUAACAUUAUGGGUGUCACAGAAUGUAUGGGUACGGGCAAAUACCUAAUCCUACCAUCCAUGAUUGGUCGUAAGAAAAAGGCCAUAUUUAACAACAUUAAGGACAGGAUUUGGAGGAAAAUUAACCACUGGUCGGGCAAGCACUUAUCCAAAGCAGGGCGGGAAAUACUCUUGAAAUUUGUCGCUCAAGCAAUCCCUUCGUAUUGCAUGAGCACUUUUCUCCUCCCAACCACGUUCAAUGAUGAAAUACAAAGGAUGAUGAACUCCUUUUGGUGGGGUUCAAACAGAAAUGUUGGUCAUGGAAUACAUUGGUUAAACUGGGAAAAGGUAUCUAUGCGAAAAGAACAUGGUGGAAUGGGAUUUCAUCAUCUCCACAGUUUCAACUUAGCCAUGCUAGGGAAGCAAGGUUGGAAGUUUCUAACCAACCAAGAUGCUAUCUUAACUCGCAUUUUCAAGGCAAAAUACUUCCCAAGAGGGGACUUUUUGGGGGCUCAGUUGGGCCACAACCCAAGUUAUGUUUGGCGUAGCAUCCACGCUUCACAUGUGGUGGUUAAGGGCGGCUUGAGAUGGUGUAUAGGUAACGGUCAAGACAUUCAUGUAUGGAGGGAUCCUUGGUUGCGAAUCUCUGCAAAUCCAUAUGUGACCACACCUAGUCCACCAGGUCAUGAGAACCUACUGGUAUCCCAUCUCAUUAACACAGAUUCAGGUACAUGGAACCAUGAGCUUCUUUCUUUGUUGUUUUCCCAGUAA